AAUGAUCGUGUGACUUAUGUACAUCGUAUUGGCCGUACGGGUCGUCUCCACCGAGGUAAAGCGACAUCAUUUAUUAAUAUAGCUGAACAGGAUCCUGCUUUGAUUGCCGAUGUUGUUCAGGUCGUUCGAGAAGUGCAACAAAUACCUCCAGACUUUCUUCUUGACAUUGCUAAUGAUCAUGUCAGAAGAGCUGAUUAUGAGGAGAGUCAACGAUCUGCUAACGAUGAUUUUGCUGGCAGAUGCAAAGGAAGUUGGAUGUAA